AUGCUGGGGCGUUCGGCGCCGGAGCUCGCCUAUGCAUACGGCUUGCGGAACCUUCGGAGACGUGAGGCAGCUCCUUCACCAGCUCUGCUCCACCACAUCUUUGGCAGCCUGCGGGGGACCGUUCUCCACCUGGGUGCUUUGCAUGACUUCGACACCAGACUGUACAGUGCCAACCGGAUGACUGCAGUGGAAAUUAAAGGAUGCACUCGUUUACCACCGAUGAUGACAACAUCACCCAUUGCCGUGCUGCAAGCAUACGGACCACGACUGCAAGUUCCCUGCAUCUUAUCUUUGCUUGAAGAGCUGCUCAAGGCAGGAAGGUCUCCGACAUUCCUGGCCUUGGACUUGAGGAGCAUGGAGAUCUCACGGAUACUGCCGGAGCUUUCCAGCCGGGGCUACGAGCACUUCAAGGUGUCUCGUCAGUCCCUCUUCGGCUGCACGGACGAAGUAUGCGCUGGAGGACCUCUUGGAGAUGAGGCGACAGACUGGCGCCAUGGUGUCAUCUGGCGAAAUGCUUCCUCCGUUGCCUCCGACGCUCUGGCCAUCCGACUGCUGCAGGGAAGGUCCUUGGAGCACUUCGUGUUGCACGCAGCCAUGGCCGGCCCCCGACGUCGCCUAGGCUUGUGCUUGACGGGCCAACUGCGCAGCCGCAACGGAGUCGCAGACCUUCAGCAGGUCCUACGCCGAUUUGCUAGCUUCGACGUUUUCGCGGUUGUACCUUCUCAGGACUGUGCUCGGGCUUGCGAGGUACUCGCUCCACUGCGAGCCGAGGUGCUUUGCGUCGACAGCCUCUUCAUGAGCCCAGAAGAACUACAGUGGAUUCGAGAAGGGCCCAAAGCCGACCCCGACGUUUGCCCCGGGCAUCAUUGUGUCUACGUAUGGCGUGAUGUUGACACUUGCGGCCGCCUUCUUCACCGCUACAUGAGACGGUUCCGGGUUUCGUAUUGGAGGGUGGCUCGAAUGCGGCUGGACUUGCGCAUCGCGAUGUUCCCGAAGGAUGUGGCGGUCCUUGAUGAGGAGAAUACCAUUUGGGCAUAUGCCAUCCCUGAUCGUCAGUGGAUUGCAAUGCCAGACAGAUUUGCAAUGGGGCCGCCUCGGUUGAUGGAUGCAUACUUCACCACCUACCGGUGGAUGCUGGACAAAAGAAGCUGGCAACACUAUGAUCCAGUAGUUCGCACUGCCUGCGCACGACGUGGCCACCUCCAGGUGGAGCCUGCAGAGAGUGGAGAGCUCGGAGAGCAUCGGCUCCGCGCAUUCGGCAAGCUCUGGCCCUGCCCGGAGCACUCGGCGCGCGGCUUGGCGUAUCCAGGACCAGAAAACGUUCUCGAAGCUCGGAUGCUGACAUUCCAGGCUUCAGCGAAUCGCGGAGUCACCGUUCGGCUGAGAAGCGACAUCUGCUUCAGCCACCUCACCCAGAUUCCGGACUCCUCCUGCAAGCAGCUACCCGACCGUCACCCUCACGGUUAUUGGACACACGACUGGGACACCUCGCCCUUGAAGGGAAGCAUGUUUCAAGCCUACUUGCAGCGGCAGGCUGCAUCUCCUGGAAGCGCGAAAACGGAAACUCGACUCUUUCUGUACGAUGGGAUCUUUGCAGCGGGUCUGGCCGAUUUCUUCUUGGCGGAAUGGGGGGCGAAGGAAUCUCGGGGCCAGUCACGACCACCAAAGAUUUUGAUCCUGGGGGCUGGACGUGGGGCUUUGGCAGAACAGCUGGCACGCUGGGGCUUGCCAGCAGUGGCCAUAGAUGGAAACUGCAUGGUGGAGUUCACUGCUGAACAUCGCGGACUGUGUGCCGAUGUUGUGCAUCCUCGUGGCCUGGGUGCGUGGGCAGAGGCAGCAUGUCUUGGGGCCGAGUCAUUGGUGCCACCGGCUCCUCGAGUUGAUCCAGAAUUGAAGGUUCUCGGCUCAAAGGAGACGAAGGUCUGGUGCCACUGGUUGCAAGGUGUUUCGAAGAGCGACUGGGCACUGGCUCUCAAUCUCCUUCCGGAGAUCCCUCGCCACUUGCUGCCAAGGCUCGCAAGGACGCUCAGCCUGGGCCUGGAGGGCGUCAUUCUGACCAUGCCGAUUGGCAGGCCGUUGCAAGAUGCAAAACGACGGGAUCUCGUUCGAGCUCUUCGCCAUCGAGGUUACGAGGUUGACAGGGAUGCCAGCCGCCACCUUGGAGCUCUUGGAGGAUUGCUUUGUUGCCCAUGGAAUGCAAACGCAAUUGUCCUGAGGAGGAGGCGGAAGGAGACAGCGUGCUCUGCUCGCGUGAUCCAGCAGCUGAAGGGCAGUCUGCCCUGCGUUUUGCACCAGAACUACGGCUGUGUGCAUAGUGGUGUUUGGGUUCACUUUGGGUGCCGCGGCUACUUCACGAACGGCGGUCAUGGUUCAACCCUCUGCUCAAGUCCCCUUUCCGAAUACGCCGAGUGCCCUUGGCAAGGAGCGAAGACGGAGCUUCCCCGCAAGCAGAGGCUCAGAUCUGCGCAUCGUCCGGCAGCAUUGGUUGCGCGGGCGCUUUUCCGUUCGGACAUGGCUCACGCAGACAAGGUUGCCAAUGCAAGUGUCUCCUCUCACUGGUACACUCGGCUCUUUGGGCUGCCUCUGGGUGGACUCUACGAGGCGAUGGAUCCCCUCAGCUUCGGCGCAGGUGUGUGGCCAGACUCUGUCCAAGAAAGGCUCUUUCUCGUUGCCGCCCUUCGGGCCCUGAAGCUUGCGACAGGUCCCUUCGUUGGCCAUGGCUUGGUUCGUGCCAGUACCAGAAUCGGCCGAAGUCAUCGAGCACUCACAAAAGCGCUCAGCAUGCUCGAGAUCAAGGCGAAGCUUUCAGGACCUGCGGAACGGCAGUGUGCUUCCCUGAUGCUCGAGUGCUUGCGCGUGAUUGCUGAUCUGAACCAUGCUGGCUUGCACAGCAUGUCUCAACAAGGCCACGUAGAUGCCCAGACGCAGUGGACCAUUCCAAAGCUGAUCUUGACCUUGGAGAAGCUGAUGGAAGCAGCGCCAGGGAAGAAGCUUGCGUGGUUCGAGCGGUUGGGUGGGACUUGGCACCUUCGUGUCGACUCUGAAGAUCCGUGGGGACGCUAUGUCUACAAAUUCGCGUAUCAAGCGGCGCAUUGA